AUGGCUGGAAAUCUAACUAUUGAUAAACGUAGUACAAAAUCUGUGCAGGCUCGAACAACAGGAAAUGAAAAAACUCGUUUUACAUGUGUCCUUAAGACAAUACAAAAUCAUCACCGAUUGGUAUUUUUAAAGGUAAAUGAUGCCAAAAAAUUUUACCUCGCGCUAAUGCACCCAAAAGGAUGGAUGGAUGAAAUUGGAAUGAAAGAUUGGCUAAGCUUGGCUUGGGAUCCUAUCAAAAAAAAUGUACAAGAUGAAAAUACUAAUUUAGCAAUCACUCCAGGGGGCCUUACCUAUGUUAUUCAACCACUUGUUAAGAGUAUCUUUGGUCACUUUGGAAGAUUUUUGUUACAUUUGAGAAGAAUAAUCGAACAGAGAGAUGGAAUUUUGUGGUUUAGGUGGAUAAGCAAAAUAGGUUUUAAUGAAAAUAUUGAGGAAUGGUGGAAAAUAACAUCUCGUAUAGAAAAGUUACAACAAGCAAAUCGACGAUUUGGUUUUACUAUAAUGACAAAUGGCACGAGUGUUAGUGUUAAUCUAAAGAGAGUAAUAAUACACAAUGUAAUGAAUUUCUCAACAAAAGAAUGGUAUUCUCAAGUUGGAUUUACAAGAUAA